GAAGAAAAUUCAAUUUCAAUUCAGUUCUUGACCACCUCCUCCUCUUCUAGGGCUUCCAUUGCCCUUCAACUCUCUACUCUCACCGUUCUUCUGGUACUCGGCCCUCUGGAUUCUCCACGACACUUCUCCUUUUCCAUUUCUGCUCCUCGUCAGCUUCUUUCUUCUUGAGCAAUCAUAAUCUUCAAUUCGAGGCACUGUGUUUUUUGUUGCUGGAUUCCGAUUCCCAAUGGUGAAAACUUCCAAGUCCGUCCAGGAACGCUUCGAAGACGAUGGCAACGGAGAAUUGAGAGUAAAGAUUGAGGGGAAGGGUGGGGACAGCAAGGCGAGUGAUCAUCGGUCUAAACAUUCAGAGACUGAGCAGCGGAGGAGGAGUAAAAUUAAUGAAAGAUUUCAGAUUUUGAGAGACCUCAUACCUCAGAAUGACCAAAAAAGAGAUAAGGCUUCAUUCUUGUUAGAGGUAAUAGAGUACAUUCAGUUUCUACAAGAGAAGUUAAAUUUGUACGAAGGGUCGUGCCAAGGUUGGAGUCCGGAACCUUCAAAAUUGAUGCCAUGGAAGAAUUAUAGAGCUUCUGAAAAUUAUGUUGAUCAUUCUCAAGUGAUAAAGAGUGGUUCCAGUCAUGAGAAUGCUGUUUUCUCCCAACCAAUGCUAACAAAUGCAUCAAAUGUGAUGGAUGCUGACUUGGGUCCCGCGGCAGUAUUAAAUGCAGUCGAUCAUGCUCUUGUCUCUGCUUCUCAAGAACUCCCCAUGAGCAUGCGUGCACAACCAGUUGUGUUUGACUCGGUUGGAAGAGGUAGUUUAUCCACUGAAACUUUGGAUGAACCUGCAUCAGGAUCAGAGAACAUCUCUUCCAAGACCCAGACUGAAUCGUUUCAGGGCAGAACCUCUACCAGCACAGGUUUCCGAAACCAUGCUGUUAGUGAUCGGGAGGAUCUGACCAUGGAAAGUGAACUGGAGAGUAUCUCAGGUGCCUAUUCCCAUGGGCUACUGAAUACCUUGACCCAGGCGCUGCAGGCUUCAGGCGUUGAUCUGUCACAGACCAACAUCUCAGUGAAAGUUGAUGUUGGAAAACGAGCAAAUAGAGCGAUGUCCAUGUCCGAGAUAUUUCACCAGGAUGACAAAAAACAAUCUAUGAACAAUCAAGUGGUGGCAGAGAGUUUACAUGGCUGCUUCACUGAGAACACAGAACAAGCUCACAAGAAGCUUAGAACAGGGGUCUAGUGUGUUCUUCCCUUGUUCACUUCCAUCCCUGAGUGCUCACAAGAAGCUUAGAACAGGGGUCUAGUGUGUUCUUCUCUUGUUCACUUCCAUCCCUGGGUGAUCAAUUUUUUUUCUUUAAAUGGGUGGUGGGUUUAAUCCUGGCCUUGUUUUUUUCCCAGGUCAUGGUCUGUUAGCAACUGGGAUGUCUUUGAUUGUACGUACAUGUCUUUCUCCUUUGCCCCAGUUGCAAUGGUAUAAGGUUAAGUUGAGAUAGAAAAAGCUUGCAUUUUCUAAUGUCGUGUACUUGUAAUUUUCCAGAUUAAUGAGAGCCCCAAGAAUAUUAUUAGUUGCA